AUGUUUGAGAGAUUCUUGGUAGUCAUUGACGAGUUUGUGUUCCAACGAGAGGCAGUCAAGCAGAUUACAGUACUCAUACACAUCCAGUGGUUUUCUAGCCAGCCAAAUAAAAUGGUAAUGUCAGGAUUGUCGUCAUUUCGUCGAGCCGGCAUGGGUUCAUUAUUGCAGCUAUUGCCCUACCUAAAAGAUUUGUACAGAUGUGCGCACACCCCUUCUCAUACAGAACUCCAUGAAAUGAAGAAAGCGCCACAGCCUUUAACAGGAUCCCCCUCCACUCCCCACCCUGCUGACCUUUCACAGCUCUCUUUCCCAGUUGGCCAGUCCCCCUCUGUUGUGUUUGCCAUUGCCCCGUCCCCACAAAUGAACCCACUACCACAGCCCUACCAUACCAACAGAAGAAGUUUGCCUUCCAGCACUGGGCCUCAAGCUGUUCCACCCAGCAGUGCACCUCGACCUGUAACUCCCUCUCAUGUCUACCAUCCGGUCCCUGGUUCCCAAAUUAUGAUGCUCCCAGGACAACAAUUGCCCUUCGCGAGCUCUCCACACGGGGCAGCCUUUUUUAUACCAGGACAGUACCAUUCACCAACCUAUGUGGCCACACCACAAUAUCCUGUACCAGCUGGAACGCCAGGUUUCUAUCCAGGCACAAGUCCAUCUGAAUACAGUAGUUACGCCGGGGCCUACUAUCCAGCCCAGCCACAGUUCCCACCCCCAGUGCAGCCAGCACCUGUUGUCAUGAACCCUCCCCUUCAACAGCAGCAACCCCAACCACAGCCUCCACAACAUGUCCACACCAAACGGGAACGUAAACAGAUCAGAAUAAGAGACCCAAACCAAGGUGGUCGGGACGUCACAGAGGAGAUUAUGUCAGGGGGGCAUACAGGCUCUACUCCAACCCCACCACAGACUGACAUAUGUGAAUCAAACACGCGAGUGGUCAAGGCCAGUGGUGAGAGCACCCCAGCUCCUAUUGCUCCAUUACAGGUUGGAGCAGAUGAUGGAGAAAAACCUUUGCUGGCUCCUCUGUCACAGCCACCUAUUAUUAAGGAUGACCCAACCCCUUCAGAGGCUUCCUCCUCUGACACCAACAAUAAGCCAACAGUACUGUCGCUAAUAUCAGAAGCACUUGAAACCCCUGUCAGCACUAGUUCUAUUUCUCCCCCUGCACCCAUUGUUCCCAUUACAAAGAUAAUGUACACAAACAAACCUUCCAGAAAACUAUGCCCAGAGCUCCAAUCUGCACCAGAGGUGCCUGCCUACCCUGGACCCCUUCCUGAUCCUAUGCCUUCAUCUGCAGUUCAGGAAAAUCUAGAAUGCACAGCCACAAAUCUUGAGGAGGUAGAUGGGAUUAGAGAGGAGGAGGUACAAUCAGAGGGUGCUUUUUCUUUUAUGGACAAUACUCUUACACUUUUCUCCUCCUCCUCCACAAAUGGUGUGGCUGAGCGUGUGCCAGAAAGUCCUUCGGUCCUGUUGUCAUCUGGUUGCCAGCAGUCUCCUCUCGAGUCUCCUAUUGCUCAACCAGAGGAGCUCUGUGUUUCUAAUGGUUUACCACGUCCAUCCCCUCAAGAUCCAGAGGCCUUUGUUAUGAGUACACAAGAGUGUGAUGACAGCCCCAUUGCAGAGCCUGACAUUUGUUGGCACCCUCUCCUUAAAUCCUCCAAAACCCUCACACACAUCGUCCCUCGAUCAGUUGUUGAAUCAGCCACAGCACCUAUUGCCGAGUUUAUUUCUGCCAUCAAUCCAGAGGUUCCUGCUGAAACAAUUGUGCAGACAGCAUCCUCCCAGGCUGAAAAUGAAGGAACUGUUCCUCUUACCUCUCAAAACACAGCAGACACCCCAAUACCUCAAUCCAAUGUCACGGUAGCAACGACACCUUUAAUCGUGACAGGCUUAAAAGAUGACCAUGAGCUAGAAACAGUGACAAGUCCUCCACAAGUAGUCCCCAAAAUAGAAACUACUAUGCAAGCUCCUGUGUCUGUACCAAAGAAAAAGAGGAAAAUGAAGGAUUUGAACAAAAAGGAGGCAGUUGGAGAUCUACUGGAUGCAUUUAAAGAGGAAAAAAUAGUUGUACCACCGGAUCCAAAGGUUGAGUCAACAACAUCAGCUGAAACCCAACGUCCUGGUCCAUCUCCUCCACUAGAGGACACAGACUUAACCUGGGAGGACAAGGAGGACAAGCUGGAUGCUGAGAAUAUUCAGCCAAACACUUCCGAGCAGACAGCAACUGACAAGGAGUAUCGGUAUAAAGAGGAACAAUGGAAACCAAUCAAUCGAGAGGAGAAGAAAAAGUACGACCGAGGUUUUCUUCUGGGAUUCCAAUUUAUCUCAGCCAGCAUGAAUAAACCUGAGGGUCUUCCUGCCAUUAAUGAUGUCGUCCUCGACAAGGCCAACAAGACUCCUCUGCGCCAGCUUGACCCCAGUCGCCUUCCUGGAAUGAACUGUGGUCCUGACUUCACACCUUCCUUUGCAAACCUUGGCAGGCCAGGUAUGGGAGCAGGAAGUAGAGGACCACCUGCUGGUAUGGGUGUAGGCAUAGGGGGCCCGCGUCGUUCUCAGCAGAUGCAACGGAAAGAACCAAGGAAAAUCAUUACCAGCAUGUCACUCAAUGAGGAUGUGAAGCUCAACAAGGCAGAGCAAGCAUGGAAGCCUUCAGUGAAAAAAACAGUGGGUGGCUUUACAAGGGAAGAGGCUGUAGAGAAUGAUCAAGAGCAACUCAAGACACAACAAUUGUUAAAAAAGGUCCGCAGUAUCCUGAACAAACUAACCCCUCAAAAGUUCCAACAGCUAAUGAAACAAGUUUCAGAACUUACUAUCGACACAGAGGAGAGGUUAAAAGGUGUCAUAGACCUCACCUUUGAAAAGGCCAUCUCUGAGCCAGACUUUUCUGUGGCCUAUGCCAACAUGUGCCGCUGCGUUAUGGGGCUAAAAGUCCAAGCUACAAAUAAGCCAGGAGACACUGUGAAUUUCCGGAAGCUGCUACUGAAUCGGUGCCAAAAUGAGUUUGAGAAGGAUAAAGAUGACAAUAAGAUCUUUGAGAAGAAGCAGAGAGAGCUGGAGGCUGCAGAAGAGGAUGAGAAGCAAAGGCUAAUUGAGGAUCUUGAAGAGUCUAAAAACAAGGCUAGGAGGCGCUCACUUGGUAAUAUUAAGUUCAUCGGUGAACUAUUCAAACUUAAGAUGCUCACAGAAGUCAUCAUGCAUGAGUGCAUUGUCAAACUACUAAAAAACCAUGACGAGGAGUCUCUGGAGUGCCUGUGCAGACUGUUAUCCACUAUUGGAAAGGAUCUAGACUUUGGAAAGGCAAAGCAUCUCAUGGACCAUUACUUCAAUCAGAUGGAAAAAGUCAUAAAGGAAAAAAAGACCAACUCCAGGAUCCGCUUUAUGUUGCGAGAUGUGGUGGACCUUCGACGGAAUAAUUGGGUGCCCAGACGAAGUGACCAAGGCCCAAAGACAAUUGACCAGAUCCACAAAGAGGCUGAGUUGGAGGAGCACAGAGAGCAGAUGAAAGUGCAGCAUGCCCUCAUCUCCAAAAAAGACUCUUUUAGUGGUUCAGGAACCAGAAUGGGUGGAGCAGGAUCAGGGACUCGUGGAGGACCUCACAAUCCUAGUCGUGGUGUUUCCCCACAAGAUGAUGGGUGGAACACAGUUCCCAUAUCCAAGAACCGAACUUAUGACGCAAAGUUCAAAUUCCCUAAGACACCUGCUUUUGAUGUCCACACUCAGUGCCUUGCUCCAGGAGGCAAAGGUGCUUUGAGCUGGGGUCGGGGCAGCAGCGGGGGUAGUGUCAACAAGCUUACAGAUUCUGAAUCCAACAUUCGUACAGCUACCAACACUCUAAACAGGUUCUCACCUCUACAACAGGGCUUGUCAGGAACUUCAGCAGAGUCAGACAGGCCGGUUCCUCAGAGAAACAGCUCAAGUCGUGAGCGAGGCGAGCGGUUUGACCAUUCUGACCGCACUGAUCGUGGAUUCGACCGCCGUGAUGACCGUGAUCGAAACCGGCUACAGGUUCCUGCUACACGCGGCUUCAGUCGAGAAAAAGAGGAGCGUAGCCGGGAGAGAGAGCAGCAUGGAUCAGCAAAUCAAGUUCGCAAAGUAGCAAAUAUGACAGAUGACAGGGAUCGGAGCAGUAAAGAGAGACCUAUGAGUCGAGAGAAUGUGAGGAGAGAAACAGCUGCAACUCCUCCACCUCUCCAAACUGCUACCAAGCCGGCCUUGACUGUUGAAGAGCUAACAAAAAAAUCCAAAGCCAUCAUCGAAGAAUAUCUCCAUAUCCUUAAUAUUCAGGAGGCCCUGCAAUGUGUGCAGGAGAUAAACUGCCCUCAGCUAUUGUAUGUGUUUGUACAAUUCGGGCUGGAGUCAACACUGGAGCGCAGCACUGAGAUCAGAGAGAACCUAGGUCGGCUGCUGCACCACCUCGUUAAGACAAGCAUCCUCCCAACGGAACAGUAUUAUAAAGGGCUUCAUGAAAUCCUGGAGAUUGCUGAGGAAAUGGCAAUAGAUAUCCCGUACAUCUGGCUCUACCUGUCAGAACUGAUCACUCCCAUGCUCCAUGAGGGAGGAAUCCCCAUGGGAGACCUUUUCAAGGAGAUUUCAAAGCCUUUGAUCCCUCUGGGCAAAGCAGGAGACCUGUUUGUCCGUAUCCUCAGUUCAUUGUGCAAAGAGAUGAGCCAUAACAGGGUGGGCACAAUGUGGAGGGAGGCAGAACUCCAGUGGAAAGACUUCCUCCCUGAGGAUGUAGACGUCAACAAGUUUGCGAUGGAAAAGAAUGUGGCGUUCACACUGGCUGUAGAGCCUGAGAAGAGCAAAACCAAGAAGAUGAGCUCUGCAGAGCUGACCAGACAACUUGAAAGACUGAUCCAGGACAAAGCUGAUAACAAAAGACUCAUUGACUGGAUUCAGGCCAACCUGAAUGAGGAACAGACCACCUCCUACAUGUUUGUGAGAGUAUUGAUGACCUGUAUCUGCCAAUCAGCAAUCAUCUGUGAGAAUCCCUACAAGGUGAAUGAGGAGAUGAUCAAUUACAGGGCCACGUUGCUGCAGAAAUUCCUAAAGGAUGAGCAGAAGGAGUUGCAAGCCCUCUACGCCUUACAGGCCCUGAUGGUGCACAUGGAGCAGCCAGCCAAUCUGCUGCGAAUGUUCUUUGACAUUCUUUACGAUGAGGAAGUAAUCAAAGAUGACGCCUUCUAUAAGUGGGAAUCAUGCAAGGACCCCGCUGAGCAGCAGGGCAAGGGCGUUGCCCUCAAAUCUGUCACCGGCUUCUUCACGUGGUUGCGCCAGGCUGACGAAUCUGACAACAGUUAGGGUCUCUGAGGUCUGACAGUUGAACUGGUGGGAUUGUAAUUGAGAUCCUUCAGGAGAAGGAAUGUUAGGAGGAGGAUGUAGAUGACCUGAAUCUAUAAAAUCCUUCUGCAGAAACAGAAAAAAAGCAACAUAAAACAAUCCUCCACCAGAGAGUGUCUUAUCGAACGAGCAUUCGAUCUUUUUUUUUUUAUUUUGUGCAAUUGAAUGUCCUCAUUCUAAUGAGUCUAUAGGUGAAGAAUAACAAUAAAGUAGUGCCCCGAGAUACGAGUGACAAGAUUUCCCAAUUUUUAAGAUACAAGCUGUUGAUUGAGUGAAGUUUUGUUUUAACCUGCGAGCCCAAACUUGAGAAACGAGUGCUGUAUGGGUGCAGGAGGCUCCUCCCACUUGACAACAGGCAUAAUUUUGGCUGACAGAAUUUUUCCAACCUUUGAGCUGCGCAUUAAUUCUAAUGGUUUAAGUUUACUUGUAAGCGAACUCAAACAAAAGAGAAUGACCCUGAGAGACAUAGAGAGCAGGGGUCAAGCGAGUGUGGGAGGGAGAGGGGAAGCUGGCUCAUUAAAAGGUACAGGCACACAAAUUAAAUCUUACGGUGUCUGUAUGCGAGUUUGGGAUUAAUUGAAUUUUCAUUUACUGAAGUCUUUUGAGAUGAGAGCACGUUAAGGGAACAAAUGAAACCCGUAUCUCAAGGCACCACUAUAGUGAAAAGGCUGAGAAGUGUGUGUGUGUGUGUGGGGGGGGGGGGGGGGGUUGCCGCCUUUUGAACAUAUUUCCUGAAGCUCAGCAACACUAUGGUGUUAAAUAUACAAACAUGUAAGAAGCUAAAUAUUUCGCACCUUUUAACUUGGCAACUGAGCAAGAGUGACAUUGCAUUUGACUGAUCUGCAUACAUAUGUAGAUGCUUGGCUUUUUCUUUCUUUUUUUUAUAUUGAAUGGUUGUGUGUGUGUUUUAUAAUAAAAGGAUAAAUAUAGAGAAAGAUAGACAUUUGAGACAAGCAUCACAGGAGUUGUGAACAUCUGAAGACUAAACGCAGGUUUCACAAGGACUGAGGAGAGUGAACAUUGAAAGUUUUGCUGCUGAGGGCGACGACCAGUCGCCAUCCCACUUAACUUGCACCCUCUGCUGGAUCUGUUACUUUCCCUUUUCUCGACAUGACUCCAGAACCUGAAGAGAGCAACAAUGAAGACGUGGCCAAAUCUCGCACUCAUUUUUUGAUUUUAAUAUACUGUUUUUUGAGUUUGUAACACCACGUUAUGAAUACUAUUUUUUUUUUUUUUGCUUCCAUGAUUAGAAGGUUUCAGGAAUGUUCUGUACAUACAUUAGUUUUUCUUCCCCUCCAUUGCGAGUGCAAAUAUAAUUUUCUUUUCUUUAAAAACAAAGGGGAAGUUUACCCUUCUAUUUAUUUCUCUCAGCCGGCCGAAGGUGCUUGUAAUUAUCAGAUCUCAGUAUAGGAAUUGAUUGCAGUUUAGCAAAAUGUGUAAAUAAUUGUUUUUGCUUUGAUUCUGAUUAAAAUAUAUAUUUAAUGAAAGAAAAUUGAUGCCUCUUCACACCCCAAACUGGAAGAAUUAAUAAAUAUUGUUGCACAUAUGAAACUUUUA